AUGACCGCAAACCUCCCAACCCACCGCCGGGCCUGGCGCCGAACAGACGACUACACCCCGGGAACGCCCAAAGUAAACCUCGUCACGGAACCGCUGCCCCUGCCCCUCGCCCCGACUCAGGUCCUGAUCAAAGUGCACGCCGUCGCCCUCAACUACCGCGACGCCAACAUCGCCAACGGCGGCAACCCGUGGCCCGUGAUCCCGCACGGCGUCCUCGGCAACGACGCCGCGGGCGAGGUCCUCGCCGUCGGCGACAAGGUCAAGGUCCUCCGCGUCGGCGACCGCGUCAGCCCCAUCACGGACACCGAGUUCGUGACGGGUCGGGAGCCGGGCCGGUCGUGGCUCGCUGCGAAUGAGGACGGCGUUCUUGCGGAUCAUCUCGUGUUUGACGAGCACCUCAUCGCCAAGAUCCCGGACCACUUGGACUGGAUCAACUGCGCGAUCUUGCCGUGCGCGGGCACGACUGCGUGGUCUGCUAUUAAGGGGCUUACUAUCGGCCAGAGUGUUUUCAUUCAAGGAACGGGCGGUGUUGCCAUGUUUGCGCUCAAGCUCGCCCAGGCCGCGGGACUAAAGGUCAUCCUGAGCUCGUCGAGCGACGAGAAGAUCAAGAAGAUCCAAGAUUCCUUCCCCUCCGCGCCCAUCUACGGCGUCAAUUACAAGAAGACGCCCAACUGGGAGGAGGAAGUGCUCAAGCUCACGGACGGAGUCGGCGUGGAUCUCACGGUCGACAACGGAGGCUCUACGUCCCUCGUCAAGAGCGUCUUGUGCACGCGGCGCGGUGGUACUGUCAGCCAGGUCGGGUACUUGGGCGGACAGGACCCGUCCCAGCUGAAGGAGUUUGUUUCCUCCAUCAUUGACCGGAGGACGAACGUCAGAGGCAUCAACGCCGGAUCAAGGCUCGAUAUGGAAGACAUGAACGCGGCUAUUUCGGCGACGGGUCUUAAGUUUGAUGAUAUCAUCGAUACUGUAUACGACUUUGAACAGGCCGAGGAGGCACUUCAGUAUAUCUGGGAAGGCAAGCAAGUUGGAAAGUUGGUGCUGAAGCUUUAG